ACCGACUUGGUUAUCGUUUGCAUUAAUUUUAGUGUCUCGAAAUCAAAAAAACCGAGCGCGCUUUCAAUUCAAACCGUCAGCCACAAGCAAGUUUUUUUUAUUCUUUUGCAAACCUUCACUCAUAACCAUAAACAUAAUGUCUGAAUUAACAAUUAAUGUCGAGUUCAGUGGGGGUAUGGAACUUUUGUUCCAAAACGUCAGCAAGCACACUAUUAAGUUCCCUGCCAAGAACGAAAAGACAGGAAACCCUUCAAACCUCCAAGAUUUAAUUUUUUACAUUCGCGAUACCAUGAUGACCGAAAAGAAGGAUUUAUUCGUUGAAAAGGAUACAGUCCGUCCUGGCAUUCUUGUCUUGAUCAACAACACUGAUUGGGAGUUAUGUGAUGAAUUGGAAUAUGAAUUAGAAGACAAAGACGAGAUUGUCUUUAUCUCUACUUUACACGGUGGAUAAAACGUUUAAAGAAGUGUUUUGAAUAAAUUUGUUAUUAUGUACACGACGAAUUAAGAGAUUUCGAUAUUGGAAGCUGGUAGAAUUUGAGGAUAUAGCUAAUUAAAGUAGAAGAAACAGAACGUAAUCUCAUGAGAUGAACUGAUAAUUUUAAUUUGGGCAGCGUGGCUAUUUACAAAAAGGCUGUUGUCCCUGACUGUUAUUACUCUCCGAAAUACCACUACUAAAACGCAAAUGUUUUUAUUUUAAGUAAAGGCCCAAACACUAAAUGGAUGAUUUAAUUAAAUCAUCAUCUUUACAAAUAAAACUCAUUCACACACUAUUUUGAUUAGAUCAUCUUAUAAGACCUGCUCUCACACUUUUUCUUUUUCUUUUCCUUUAAC